AGUACCCCUCUAGCCCCGAGAGCCUCCCCCAGUACCCCUCCAGGCCCGUCCCCCAGUUCCCCUCCAGCCCCGAGAGCCUCCCCCAGUACAACCCCAGCCCCGAGAGCCUCCCCCAGUACAACCCCAGCCCCG